GUGUUGUGUUGUGCUCUCCGCUUUCUUGAUUGUGUCCCUUUAGCCCAGUCUGGAUGAGACCCUGGAGGAAGGUGGUCACAUGGCGAAUCCAGAUAAGCAGGGUAUGCUUUUGAAACAAGGCCACGGUAUUCGGGCAGAUUGGAAAAGAAGAUAUGUGGCUCUGAAAGGCCAAUCGUUUUGUUACUACCAUACCAUCUUCGAUUUCCGUGACGAUCACCCGAUUCACGAGAUCGGCAUGGCAACCGCUGCCGUCAAGCCGUCACAGCGCAAUCGCUUCAAACUCGUCACGCCGAAUCGAACAUACGAGUAAGGCUGCGCUAGCCCG